GUCUCGCCCGCAGCCGCUCCCGCGCCGCCGCUCCGCUCCCCAGACGUGACAUGAUGAAAUCAAGAAGCUUUUGGUUACCUCUCGUAUUGCUUGGGGUUUUCCCGUCGGUCACAAGGGGAUGGAUGGAUGUGGAUGGGAGCAGAAGGCUUUACUCGGAUGCAGGGAGGUUACACCAGGAGGACUCCAGAAGGUUUGAAGUUACACGAAGAAAAGUGCUCUAUGGGCAGGAUGGUCUGCACGCCUCCUGUGAGAAGAAGUACUGUGGCCGGGGGAGUAAGUGUGUGGUGAACAAGGACACCAACCAGCCCGAGUGCAGAUGUGUAGAAGAUUGCAAGUCCAGCUACAUGCCUGUGUGUGGAUCUGAUGGCAGAUUUUAUGAAAACCACUGUCAACUGCAUCGAGCCUCUUGUCUGCAGAGGAAGAAAAUCUACAUUAUCCACAGCAAGGACUGCUUCUUCAAAGGUGACAGCUGUACCAUGGCAGACUACAGCCGGUUGAAGAACAUCCUGCUGGACCUGCAAGCCCAUCGGCACAGCCCCCCAGCCCGCCCGGCCCAGGACAGGGUCUCCCAGAAGCGCCUCUUAGUGGAAGAAAUGUUCCAGCACUUGGAUGGGAACAGCGACGGGCACCUCAGCAGCUCGGAGCUGGCUCAGCUAAUGAAGAGGGAGGACCUGGAAGAUGAUUUCCUGGGUUGUACACUGGAAGACCUGCUCCGGUUUGAUGACUACAACAACGACGGCCACUUAACCCUGCAUGAGCUCUACACAGCCUUCCAGGUGGUUCAGCUGAGCCUGCCAGAGGAGCAGAAGAUCAGCCUGACCACCAUCACCGUUGGCCUGAGCACCGUCCUGACCUGCGGCAUCCGCGGGACUCUGCGACCUCCCAUCAUCUGGAAGCGCAACGGCGUGAUCCUCAACUUCCUCGACCUGGAGGAUAUCAAUGAUUUUGGAGAAGACGAUUCCCUCUACAUCACCAAGGUAACAACUAUUCACAUGGGCAAUUACACCUGUCAUGCCUACGGCUACGAAGAGCUGUAUCAGACCCACAUCCUUCAGGUGAAUGUGCCCCCAGUGAUUCGUGUCUACCCGGAGACGCAGGCGCAGGAGCCGGGCGUGUCGGCCAGCCUCAAGUGUCACGCCGAAGGGAUCCCUAAUCCCCGGAUCACCUGGCUGAAGAAUGGCCUGGAUAUCAUGCCAAAGCUAUCCAAACAGCUAGUGCUCCUCGCAAACGGAAGUGAACUUCAUAUCAGUAGCGUUCGAUACGAAGACACUGGUGCCUACACCUGCAUUGCCAAAAAUGAGGUGGGAGUGGACGAGGACAUAUCUUCACUUUUCAUAGAAGACUCAGCAAGAAAGACCCUUGCAAACAUACUGUGGCGAGAGGAAGGCCUGAGUGUUGGGAACAUGUUCUAUGUCUUUUCUGAUGAUGGGAUCACAGUCCUUCAGCCGAACGAAUGUGAAAUCCGGAGACACAUCAGGCCUGAAGAGAGGAUUUUCACAAGUUCUGAAGAGAUCUGUCCUAGAGUGGAAGGGGAAGGCACUCGGUCCUGCCUCUGGGCUUCAGCAGUCAACGUCAGAGACAAGUACAUUUACGUGACACAGCCUAAGCAGAACAGAGUCAUGAUAGUUGAUAUCCAGACUCAGAAAGCCGUGCAGUACUUGGAUGUUGACCCGGUACCAACCAAAUUACAUUAUGACAAGUCCCACGACCAAGUCUGGGUGCUCAGCUGGGGUGACAUGCACAAGUCCUCACCGACACUGCAGGUGAUAGCAGAGGCGAGCGCAGGGGAGGAUCAGCACGUUAUCCGCACGCCGUUUGAAGGAGUGGAUGAUUUUUUUAUACCACCUACAAAUCUAAUUAUUAAUCACGUUAGGUUUGGCUUCAUCUUUAACAAAUCGAAAUCUGCAGUUCACAAAAUUGAUCUGGAAACUGUGACCCACAUCAAGACUAUCAACUUCAAAAACUACAGCUGCGUGCCGCAGACCAUGGCUUACACCCACCUGGGCGGUUACUUCUUUGUCCAGUGUAGGAGGAGCAGGUCAGUGGCUGUGACACCACAGCUCAUCAUUGACAGUGUCAGCGAUGCUGUCAUCGGCCCCAACGGCGACGUGUCGGGCACACCUCACGUCUCACCCGACGGACGCUACUUGGUCAGUGCAGAUGAAGCCAGUGGCAGGAUCAAAGUCCAGGCUCUGACUGUCCGAGGGGAAAUCAAGUUGAUUUAUGACUUACAGACAAGCAUACGUGUAUCUGAUCUGACAUUUCAACCCUCUUUCACUGAAGGCAAUCAGUACUAUAUAUAUGCUACUUCGCAUUUGCAAACAGAUGUGCUUUUUGUAGAGCUGUCAACGGGGAAAAUGAAUGUACUGAAGAAUCUAAAGGACCCUAUCACAUCCAAAGACUGGCCCUGGAGCAACUACAACAGAAUUAUGAAAGACAGUGGAUUAUUUGGACAGUAUCUCAUUACACCAGCUAAAGAGUCGUUGUUUGUUAUAAAUGGGAGGCAAAAUACGUUACGUUGUGAGGUUUCAGGUAUAAGGAGGGGUAACACAAUUGUCUGGGUGGGAGAGGUAUGAAAGGGCAAUAGCAGUAGAGCCUUCAGCAGGCAAGUACCAGUUGGACUCGGACACUGCAAGCAAUGGGCAGUAGCAUUGUAUAUUUUUACACUGGGGGGGGGGAAGGAAAAAAAAAGAAAAAAAAAAAAAAAAAAAGGAAAAAAACCCAACCCUGUAUAGGCUUCAUGGUACAACACUGGUCUACUUGCAAGUUUAUAAGGGUAUGCUCUGCUAAUAGGAAAUGGUCUUGGAGGGAUGUUUUUUAUUUGGGAGUAUGAUUUAUGGUUAUGAGAAAAAUGCUGGGAAGCAAAUAAUAUCUCCACUGAGAUGUGUGAGCCAUGAAACCUAGUGAUUCUGCAGAAGAGAUUUUCAGUUUCCACGGGGAGGGGCUUUUAUGUUAUGUUCAAGCCAUGAGUUUUCUUUCCCGUUACCUUGCCCGUGAGCUGUGCUGACCACCCCACCAACACGGGGACACUCCAACAGCAACCACUGCAGCUAAAACUCACCUUCAGAUGAUGAGGGAAUCGAAGCAUCAGAGAGCAGUUUUCAACCCGCAGAAACUGAGGGGAGUGAUUUAAUGAAAACUGAUCAGUUUACCCUGCAGGGUGGCUUUGGGGGAGGAUUCAGGGAUGGGAUGUGAGGAGGAGGGAUAACAGAAAUAGGAACUGUCAGCUUGCUUCCCUCUGCGCCUCAUUGUACUUUUGGUACUACUGAAGGCAACGUGAUGAGUCCCCCCCCUCUUCUAAUGCAUGUUUAUGUGAUUUUAUUUGAAAAACUUGGCAUGAAAUAUCCAGGCCAUUAGAGGAGGUACAAGCUGGCAAACAUUGGGGGGGGAAUGUGGGUGUGCUUUCAGCAGCCUGUGACUGUGGUCAGCUUGGACAAAAUAUGCAAAAUCUGCUCUGCAGGGGCAGAGAAUUAAUUACCUUUAUUCCCAUAGGAAGCAGCAACACUUCUAGAAAUUGUUGGUUUCUCUCAUGAAAUAUUUAGUAGCACUGAAGUCACUUGGUUUUAUUAAAAUAAUAGCUACAAUGACAGAAGAUAUUUUUUAAAGGAAACUCACUCAUUUUCUAGUCAUAGCUUUAAUUUGCCUAUUUCUUUUCA